ACUUCUUGCAGAUACCUGACCGACAGUGCCCUCCAUCUGUAUGGAAGGAACACCAGCCGGUCCUCUGAUGUAGCUCCUACCCGGGAGAUCACCCAAAGAGGAAGCAAAGAGAUGCAGGGUGACAUUGACAGUUGGGACGACAGCAGCUCGGUGAGCAGCGGACUCAGCGACACAUUGGACAACUUCAGCACAGAUGAUCUGAACACACCAGCUUACUCCGCCGCAAGCUCAUCACGCAAGAGCAAAGGAGCACAGUCCCAGAAAGGAAGCAGGUCCAAGCAUGCCGAGCCGGAGGUGAGCAGCAGUUGGGCAGGGGCCGAAGACCUGAAAAAAGUGGAAGAGGAGUUGGACGUGAGCAUGGACCCUAACAGCAGCCCCUCCCGCUGGAAGCCUUCCUCAACUGCCUGUACCCCCCAAACCCAGGGUCAGUAUGAGGACACGGGUCAGAAGGCAGCGGGGCUAGCCCAGAUGUCCCAGACAGGCUCAUGGAGGAGGGGCAUGACAGCCCAGGUGGGGAUUACACCACCCAGGUCCAAGGGGACCUCUGCGGCACUCAAAACACCAGGUAAAACCGAUGAUGUGAAGGCCUCAGAAAAGAGCAAAGUACCUUCUAAAAGCUCCGCUGGGAUACAGCGCUCACCGUCAGAUGCUGGGAGAAGUAGUGGGGACGAAGGCAAGAAACCUCCCUCUGGCAUUGCUCGCCCACCUGCCACCAGCUCGUUUGGAUACAAGAAGAUCUCUGGUCCUGCUGGCACUCUAAUUACCUCUAGUGGUGCAGCACUCACCAGCGGCUCAGCCACCCUGGGGAAAGCUCCCAAAUCUUCAGCUGCCCUCGGCAAAGGCACGACCAUGAGUGGCAUGCGUAAAACCAGCCUUGAUGGCUCGCAGCCCGAGGACGACGGGGUUCUCCUCAGCUGCAGCGGCUCCAAAGUUACCCUGCAGUACCGCUCCCUCCCCAGACCCGCCAAAUCCUCCAGCGGGGCGGCAGCGGGCCGAUGUGGGCACCGCUCCAGCUCCAGCAGCAUUGAGUCAAAUGUCAGCGGGAAGUCAGCAGGCGGGGCAGCAACACAAGCAGCUGCCAAACGGAGGGAGGGAAAGGUGGGCACUGACCGCUCCAGCCCAGUCACCGUGAACCAGACGGAUAAAGAGAAAGUAGGGGUGCCGGACCAAGACCCGGCAGCAGGCCUAUCUACCUCUCCCAAAUCCAGCCCCACUUCCAGUUCAGCCGGCCAAUCAGGCCUCAGGCAGCCGGGGUCCAAAUACCCAGACAUCGCUUCUCCUACCUUCCGCAGAUUGUUUGGCACCAAAGCCAGCAGCAAGGCCAGCUCUCCGGGCACGCCCGACUCUGGCAAGUGCCCGUCAUUACUGGGCAGCCCCCACGGCACCUUGGCGAGACAGGCCAGCCUGGACUCGCCGUCUUCUGGCACGGGGAGCCUGGGUAGCGCUGGGGGCCUGAGCGGCAGCAGCAGCCCGCUGUAUGGUAAAACCCCCGACCUGUGCACUGAUUCCCUGGCUUCCAGCCCGGCCUCUGGCCUCUCCCUGCCCUCCAACGCUCGCCCCUGGCCUGCCUGUAGCUCCUCAGCCGGCAGCAAGGACACACUGAGCUGCCAGAGUAUGACCAGUCUGCACACCAGCUCUGAGUCCAUUGACAUGCCGCUGGGCCAUCACGGGCCUAAGGUCACACGAACCGGCAGUAUCAAGUCCACCCUGUCUGAGGGCAUGCCCCUCGACAGAAACACGCUCCCCAAAAAGGGACUGAGGUACCCACCAUCUUCGCGGCAGACAUCCCACGAAGAAGGAAUGGAGUGGCUGAGGUCGCAUUCAACGGGAGGCCUUCAGGACACCGGCAGCCACUCCCCGCUUUCUCCUCCAGGAGCUUCUUGCAUCAACACUGGAAAAUACCACUACUCCAACCUCUUAAGCCCAACCAACAUCAAUCAGUACAACCUGCCACCGGGCAACAGCAGCAGCAUGAGCCGCUCCAACAGCAUUCCUGCUCAGGACUCCUUCGACCUGUACGGAGAGGGUCACCCACUGGGCGGCAGUGCGACCUCCCUGGAGGAUCGACCGCGCGGCAUUAGUCGCUCCUGUUCCUUCAGAGACAGCACAGAUGAAGUCCAUGGCUCGUCCUUAUCUCUGGUCUCCAGCACAUCAUCCCUUUACUCUGCGACUGAGGAAAAAGCCCACUCUGAGGGCCAAACAGUCCAAAAUUCCACGCAAAUCAGAAAGCUGCGCCGGGAGCUGGACGCCUCUCAGGAGAAGGUGGCAACCCUCACGUCUCAGCUGGCUGCCAACGCUCAUCUGGUGGCAGCCUUCGAGAAGAGCCUCAGCAACAUGACCUGCCGCCUACAGAGCCUCACCAUGACCGCAGAGCAAAAGGAGUCCGAGCUGGCUGAGUUGAGAGAAACCAUAGAGAUGCUGAAGACCCAGAACACGGACGCUCAAACGGCAAUCCAGGUGGCGCUAAAUGGUCCAGACCACCUGCACAAAGACCUCCGGAUUAGACGGCAGCACUCGUCAGAAAGCAUGUCCAGCAUCAACAGUGCUGCCAGUCACGCCAGCAUGGGCAGCUUGGGCAAGGAUGCCGAGGAUAAAAAGAAGAAGAAAAAGAGCUGGCUGCGUAGCUCCUUCAAGCAGGCGUUCAGCAAGAAGAAAACAAAAUCACAGUCGGCCCACGACGAGAUGGAGGAGAUGAGCGACUCCGUGCCCUCGUCGCCCAAACUGCAGCACGACAACCGGCAGGGCAGCAUCGCCACGCUGCACUCCUCCCCCUCCACCACGGACAAGUGCAUUUGCGACAGCAAGACCUCCCAGCUAUGGACGGCAAAGAAAAAGCAUAACGGUCAUGUGGUCUACAAACACAGAUCUCGGCUGUGCGAAUGCACCGAGGCCGAGGCAGAGAUCAUCCUGCAGCUCAAGAACGAGCUAAGAGAGAAGGAGCUCAAGCUGACAGACAUCCGCCUGGAGGCACUCAGCUCUGCGCAUCAUCUGGACCAGAUCCGAGAGGCCAUGAACCGCAUGCAGAAUGAGAUUGAGACGCUGAAAGCAGAAAACGAUCGCCUCAAGUCAAGCGGUAACGCCACACCCACGACGACUCCCGUCAAGACAGCCCGGCCGCCCUCCGAGGCCUCCAGCACCUCCUCGUCCUCUUCGCGCCAGUCGCUCGGACUGUCGCUUAAUAACCUUAACAUCACUGACACCAUCAUGUCGGAUAUUCUACUGGAUGAUAGCUACGAGGGAAAUCUCCGUAAGGAAAGUCGGAGUGUGCGGAUAGUGGUCAGCAUCAGCAGAGGGCCAAAAAGCACCAAGGGUUCACAAAGCCAGGAGUACCUGAUUGGAUCUAUAGGUGUCAGCGGGAAGACCAAGUGGGACAUCCUGGAUGGGGUCAUUCGACGCCUCUUUAAGGAGUAUGUGUUCCGGGUCGAUCCUGGGACCAGCCUGGGUCUUAGCUCUGACAGCAUUGUGGGCUACAGGAUGGGGGAAGUGAUUCGCUGCCAUGCCUCUGAAGUGCCUGAGCUGUUGCCCUGCGGCUACCUGGUGGGCGACAACAACAUAAUCAAGGUUAACCUCAAAGGUGUGAAGGAGAGCAGCAUAGACAGCCUUGUGUUUGACACGCUUAUUCCAAAGCCCAUAAUCCAGAGGUACCUCAACCUGUUGAUGGAGCAUCGGCGGAUCAUCCUCUCAGGGCCCAGCGGCACCGGAAAAUCCUUCCUGGCUGCCAAGCUGGCUGAGUACAUCAUUACUCAGAUGGGGCAGGAAGUGACUGAGCACAAUGUGGCCAGCUUUAAUGUCGACCAGAAUUCCAGCAAGGACCUGCGUCAGUACCUGUCCAACCUGGCAGAGCGGUGCAACUCUGAGAGGACAGAUGCAGAGCUCCCGACUGUGGUCAUCCUGGACAACCUCCACCACAUCGGCUCUCUCAGCGACAUUUUCAACGGCUUCCUUAACUGCAAGUACCACAAAUGCCCAUAUGUCAUCGGGACCAUGAGCCAGGGGGUCUCCUCCUCUCCGAACCUGGAGCUUCACCACAACUUCAGGUGGGUGCUGUGCACCAACCACACUGAGCCGGUCAAAGGUUUCCUGGGUCGCUUCCUGCGGCGGAAGCUCAUCGAGACAGAGAUAGAUAUGAACAUGCGCAGCAACGACCUGAUCAAAAUCAUCGACUGGAUCCCCAAGACCUGGCAGCACCUCAACGGCUUUCUGGAGGCUCACAGCUCCUCUGAUGUCACUAUUGGGCCUCGUCUCUUCCUGCCCUGUCCCAUGGACAUAGAAGGUUCUCGGGUUUGGUUCACCGACUUGUGGAACUACUCCCUGGUACCCUACCUGCUAGAGGCUGUCAGAGAAGGAUUACAGCUGUAUGGUAAGAGAGCAGUGUGGGAGGAUCCGUCCAAGUGGGUGAACGACACAUAUCCGUGGAAUGCUGCCUCUCUGCAACAGGAAGGCCAGUCGCUGCUCCAGCUGAGGCCAGAAGAUGUGGGAUAUGAUGGCUACAGCUCAUCCAAGGAAGGGACAUCGUCUAAGCAGGUGUCUCAGAGUGACACAGAGGGAGACCCGCUGACAAAGAGACUCACCCACGAUGCUGGAGUGACAGUGAGCCGCCAGAUGAACAUGCUGCUACGGCUGCAGGAAGCAGCUAACUACUCCAGCACCCAGAGCUGUGACAGCGACAGCACCAGUCACCAUGACGACCAGCUGGACUCCUCCUUGGAGUCGGCCCUAUGAGCCCGAGACCAGCGAAGGCAAACCUCGAUCUCUCUGAACCUCUAAAUCCAGGAAAACCAUUGAACCCCAAAGACUAUGCCCCCCGCCCCAACAAAA